AUGUCCGCCAAUAUAGCAGCCUCAAUGCUUUUACCACGCACUCAGGCUACGCGCCACAAACAAAACGUCUUUCUCGCCCUCGUCAUUUCGACAUUCUGUCGCAAUGUUUAUUCAAACCCACAACACUACCGCACUUCCUGGCCUGCCGCGGUUCAGGGCCGUUGGGCAAUGUUACGGGACGAGCGCUUGUCGCAAAGUCACCCACUGACUACCACCACCAAGGACGGUGACGGCGGCGUUCAAUGCGGAACGCCGGACGACAGCCAGCCAAUGUGGUUCACACAGGGCGGUUGCAGCCUUGCAAGUCAAGACCUCACCUACGCCGACAUGAGUGGUAAUACCACUGUCAUCCGCACGGCCGCAAAGGGGGAUCUUAUCAAAUUGACUUGCGAUGACGUGUAUUGCCCGAUCCCAGCUCGACUCGACUGUUAUGAACAGCCGGGUAUCUGCUCGUCCGAUGAAUGGUGCAUGAUUGACAUCCACGAGAGAUGGGGCCCGUGGGCCAUGGACCGUGAUGGAUCUACUCCCCAGUGGGAAUACUGCUACAAUGCCGCCGAUUUCGUCGUGAACUCUACUAACGAGGCGUUGAUCUCCAGCUACAAUGCCGAUUGUGUUGCCAGCACCGUUGGCGAUUACGGCAUCAAACUUGGACCCAAGACGGAAGCCUGGAAACCUAUAAGAGGUAGAUGCGUCGCAUUCCGAAAAGUGGAGGAGAGCUGCAUUGGUAACCCACUAGAGUUUGGCCCGUUUGAACCCGAAUUUGGUCUGAAGUAUGCCCGGGAACAAAAUGGUUGGCCGUUCCCUCGCCCGCUCGUUUGCGGUCCCGGGCUUACCUGCACGGGUGCUGACUUUGAGGUCCGCCCAUCGACCUGCGUUGUCCAACGGCCCCCCAAUACGUGCUUUGCUGGUCCGUGGUGGGAUUCCACCCAGUGCCCGAGAACAGAAUCUGAAGCUCCAAAAGGCGGCCUAACCAUGAAUCAGGCGGUGGAAGCUCUUCGCAGGGCUAUCUUGUUGUAUCCGGGCGAGAUAGCCUCUCCUGGAGAGUGCGCCUAUUGGAAUCGCACUAGUAACAUCGGCGUGAGUGUGCUCGCUACACAGCAUAGGAUCUACAACAUAGCCGCUGCCCUGUGGCCGAACCAACUCUUCAAUAGAAUACCUAGUUUCGAUGAAGUUCUGCAACUGAUUCCGGAUCCCAAUCUUUACGGAAGUCCCUCGGACUGCGUCGCUCAAGCUGACGUUCCUGGCUCGGACAUAAACAAAGCUCUCGCUAGCGCGGCCACACUUUCCUCGCAACCUAACCAAGUGUGGUCGCUCGUUCACUUUUUGAUGCACAACCAACAAGCUCCGCUGAGCCCUAAGCGUGUUGCUGCCUCACGAGCACUCGCCGCUCACCUCUCGGAAAGCUUCUGGUGUGACGACUGUCGGGGCUUCUUCUCAGUUGGCGUUAUCGAGGUAUACGGACUUCCACCUCUGAGCUCAAAUCCUGAAGACCACGCCCGAUGGUGGUGGUACGGCCACAAUGUCGCUUCAGAACACGUCGCCUCGACCCGUGGUGGCCAUCCCUGGAUCCAUGAAUUGGGGGAGCGAGACGUUGCUUCGUUUCAGAAUCCCUACUUCAUGAUCUGGAAAGAUGCUGUGGACAUGUGGACAUACAAUAAUUCUUAA